AAUUUGAUUCCGUCAAUCUUCUUCCACCUAAUUGUCUAGUGUUCACCAUUAUUCAUUGUUGACAAUGCUGCUGUGGCUUCCAACUCCUUAUGAGGACCCUUUCUUGAAAUAUAGACCUUUCCCCAAGGAAUUGUCUACCAACCACUAUGCCAACCACUGGCACGAAAUCUUGUUUAUGGUGGUGUUCUACUUUACUAUCCAAAAAAUUUCCCCCUACAUCAGCAAAAAGUACUUUGGCUCUCACUACACAUCCCUCAGCAAACGGACCCAGAUCGACUUUGACAUCCAUGUGGUGUCAAUGGUUCAAUGUGUUGUUUCACUCGGUCUGAUUCUUCCCAUGUGGAACAAUCAGUUCUCUCUCAACCGAGUGAAUGACACGGUAGGAUCGGUUUACGGCUAUUACCCGUACGGUGGGCUUGUGGCGAGCUUGGCCAUCGCAUACUUCAUCUGGGACACAUACGUGUGCUUGAGACACUUUCUGUCAUUUGGUUUUGGGUUCUUAUUCCACGGAGUGGCCGCAUUGUUUGUGUUUGGCAGCACCUUACAGCCAUUUUGUAUGUCUUGGGUGCCCAGCUUCCUCUUGUUUGAGGCGUCCACCCCGUUUGUGAAUGUCAAUUGGUUUUCUUCCAGGCUCCCAGGAAUUGUUCCCGAAAAAAUCGUGGUUGUCAACGGGAUUCUCUUGUUGAUUAGUUUUUUCUCUGUCAGAAUCUUGUGGGGGUUCUACGCCAUGUCUCUUGUGGCCACCGACUUGUACAGGACCUGGGGAAUGAAUCAUUGGGUAUUUCCGGUGGGAUUGGUGGUGAUCAACCUUUCGCUCGACGCAUUGAACGUGUAUUGGUUCUACAAAAUGCUUCGGAUUGCUGCUAAAAAGAUCCGGGGAACCAAACUGCCCAAACUGUUGGCCAAGGAAGCAGCUGAAAAAAUUGACUAACCUAUAUAUUACAAUAGACAUUUGCUGAAUGCUAGCGGCAC